UAGAAGAAAAAGAAGACGGAGCUACAGCCUAGUCGAAGGCAAGCCAAAGAGCCGACACUCGCACAAAGGCGCAGGGGGGAUUAGCUUUAUGCGGAAUUGGAGACAGAAUCGGUGGAUCCGUGGUGAAAGAAUGACGAGCGAAAAGUAUGCAACCGCCGUGGCACAUUACCUGAGGUGAAACGAGAAAAUGAUAGAAGAAACACACCCAAACGAUGACAGCUACAUCGUGCGUGUGAAAGCGGUGGUGAUGACGCGGGACGACUCGAGCGGCGGCUGGCUGGCCCAGGACGGGGGCGCUCUGAGCAGGGUGGGGGUGUGCCGCCUCCUGCCAACAGAGCUGCUGCCCGUGCCGGCCUCCAGCUGCUCCCAGUUCCUCAUCCGUGGUGAGCGGCUGCGGGACAAACAGGUGAUCCUGGACUGUCCGCUGAGGAAGGACUUGGUGUACACCAUAGCAACGCCCACGUUUCACCAUUGGAAGGUGGAGGACAGGAAGUGCGGCCUGUCUUUCCAGAGUCCAGCUGAUGCGAGGGCUUUCGACAGGGGGGUACGGAAAGCCAUCGAUGACCUUGCUGAAGGCUCCACAACCUCCUCUACAGCACUCCAGACCGAGGGCGAGCUGGGCGACGACGACGUCUUUACCAACACCACAGACAGCUCAUCCAACUCCUCCCAGAAACUGGAGAGCUCUCUACAGCCGCUGGAGUCCUCGCCCCUUCCGCAGAGACACAAGUGUAUGCUGGGACAUCGCCACGACCUCCAUGACCCCUAUCGGCUCUCAGACCACUACUUUUUGGACCAGCCCCUGUCUCGGAUUCCCCGCCAUGUCACCUUCCAGGAGGAUGAAGAAAUCGUCCGCAUCAACCCACGGGAGCGCAGCUGGGAGCGAACUACAGAGCGGGUCCACGGUCGUCCGUCGGACCGCUCCUGGCUCACGGGCUACGAGGACUACCGCCACGCCACUGUGCGUGACAAGUUCAUCCAAAUGGACGACACUGAGUCCUACGUACACUUCGCCAAGACGGAGGCGCAGAAACACGACUACACUUACCCGCUGGCGCCGGCCCUGUCGCCCUCAGACUCUGACCCAGCUCUCGGACCCUUGACCAAUAAGGGCCAAGGCGGCUCGUAUCGCCAAGGCUUCUCCUCUGUGGUCUCCAGCCAGCCCCGCUCCUUCCUCCCAAGCUCCUCCCCGUCCACUAAUGGCGGGAAGGGGCGGAAGCAGGACGGGAUGGAACGCGCUCAAUGUGAGCACUGCGGCGAGGCCUUUUACAUCACCGACAAUCGGAGAGGCCGGUGCCAGGAUGCGCCGGACCCUGUGCGGGCGUGCAUCCGGCGGGUCAGCUGCAUGUGGCUGGCAGACACCAUGCUCUACCACUGCAUGUCCGACCCAGAGGGGGACUACUCGGACCCAUGCUCCUGUGACGGGGGCGAGGGCGGCGGCGGAGGCCGAUUUGGCACACGCUGGUUAGCCCUGCUCGGCUUGUCUCUUGUGGCGCCCUGCCUCUGCCUUUACCCGCCUCUCCACGCUUGCCACCGGGCGGGGCUCGUGUGCGGCUGCUGCGGAGGCCGACACAAGGCGCUGAGCUGAGCCCUCCACGCUCGGAAAAGGCAAAACCUUUAACCCAACGCAAGCACAGGGAAAGGGAAGGAUGGGGGAAGACAGGGAGGGGACAAGUGGUCAUGGCUGCUCGCUCUCUUGCCUUGGUUUCUCUGGGUUUCUCUACAAAUUCCAGACACUGAAAUAAGCCAAAAAAAAAACAGUUGGUGCAUUUUCUGAACGGCCUGGGAAGAUAAGCUCCCCCUUACGGCAGACAGUUCUCUCAGCUCUCCACGUGGCCAUUUCAUGCUGUUUCCAGUGAGAGAGCGCUCUUUUUCAGGGGGCCUUUUUUUUUUUUUUUUUUUUAUAGCUGACCUAUAUGUCAUGUAUCACAUAUGCAGGUACUUUAUACUUUGUACACUGACUUGGCGUCAAAGAACUUGAAUUAUUUCUCUUUGUUCUAUUCUUUUCUCUCCUUUGAUGUUCGCGUGGCCAUUUUGUUUAUAUUCUAUUCCAAUAUCAGGCCCGCUCAGCUCUACUCCAGCUACAAGAGAAAUCAGACACUACACCUCUUUAUGUGCGUGCAUGUGCGAGAGUGUGCGUGUGUGUGUGCGCGAGUGUGUGUGUGUGUGUGAAUGGUAUAUGUGCAUGCUUACAAUGUGCGCCGAGGCCUUUUGUUGUCAGUUUUGCAGCUUAUAGUAAAGUUUAUGUAUAUAGUCUAUAUAGCUCUCCACCAUCGACAUCUUCUUUGUUCACUGAAAGAAACGUGGUACUCAUCUUAAUCUAAUAUCCCAAAGAUUUGUGUUUUUAUCCUAUUUAUUUUCUCACUAAAUUGAUCUACCAGCAAAAGGGUGCUGGGUUGUGAUUUACUCACUGAAUGAGACGGUGCCUCAAGUCAUGCUAUGAUACUCUAGCAUUUGUCUCCCUGCUCCUUUCACGUUAUUUCAAACAGUGCCUAAACUAUCACUUAAACCAGGAACCCAUCCAGUCUUAGAGUUCCAGUCAGUUUUUUUGGCUCAUUUUACUCAACGUUCACUUGAAGCAGUGUGAAAUGUUAAGGCUCUGAUUUCCUCAUUUUUCGCAGAAUCUCAGCCAGCGGUCCGUGGUCACCUCAAGGACUGGAAAAAGUCAGAGAAACUGUUCAAAUUGGUGCCCGUUAUUGCCUUAAACCGUGGAGUUGGAGAUGGUCACUCUCGCUCCAAACUUCACCUCAUGUCCCUCUGAAGAUGUCUGCUAUAAUAAAAAAAAAGCGUGAGCAUGGUUAUGGCUCUAAGCAAUCAGCCUCAUCACGUACACUUAUAAACUUGGUUUAAACUAUUUUUAUAAUGAAAAGGAACUCUUAAAAAGUUUCUCAAGUGUGUAAACUAAGGACUUCAGUAUGCCUGCGAUGUACAAUCAGCUCCCCUCGUUCAGCCCCUCUCUCUAGUGGAGCCCACCAGUCACAUAUGUGGAACAGCUACAUCCUGCCUGAUGGUGAUUUGAAGGGUUUAAUAAAUUAUUUGACUUUAAAACCAUGUUCAAAGCUUUUCAAAGUAUUCAAAAAGGAAAAUAGAUAUAGAAACCUCCUGGCUAGUUGUCUGACAUACUUGUGAUUGUUUUAGGUCUUAACAGAUGUGUAAAAUUAGAUUUAAAACUUUAUUUGGCCAGAAAUGAAUAUCAUUUUGACCUUUUACAUGCACAAUGUUACUAGAACUAUGUCGUGAGUCUUAUUUCGCAUUUAACUAUCCAAGCUGAGACUAAAUGUACAAUUUGUUAAAGGAAUAGUUUGACAUGUUUGGAAAUACACUCAUUGAUAACACACAUCUCUGUUCAUUAACAUGAAGCUAACCUACAGCUGAAAUGCAGCUAGUUUAGCGUCGUAUAAAAACUGAAGAACAGGGAAAUAGCCUGGUUGUGUCCAAAGUCUCGCUUGUUAAAUACACACAAACAUUUAAAUGCAUGUUAAUUAAUGAGUUUUGGAGUGUCCAGAAGGUGUGUACGUUUGUUUUUUACCUUUGGACAGAGCCAGGCUUUUUUAUUUCCCCUUUUUUCAAGUCUUUCUGGUAAGGUAAGAUAACGUCUCUGUAGCUGUAGUUUCAUAUUAUCAGGCAUAAAUAUGAAAUUGGUAUUAAUUCCCAGCAACAAAGUGGCUGUAUUUUCCAAAAUGUUGAACUCUUCCUUUAAAGCUAAAUUAUGGGAGAUUAACAUGAGACAAUUUGCUGAAACCACAGUGACAUGUAACUAGCGUGCUCCAUCCCUCUCAGUCCUACAGUAUUUAUGUUUUCCUUCCCAAGCUCGCUCUGGUAUCAUCAUCAUCAUGCUCACAGGCAUCAUGUUUUUGACAAGAGCUUGACAGAUGUACAAAAGCAGGCAUUGGAGGGAAAAUUUAAAAAACGCUGUACUACCUGCUUGCGACACCGCAGCCGGCCAAUCACACCCUCACACUGAAAGCACAACACUAAACUGACAACUGCUCGGGUGCUUUUUUUUUCUUGCUUUGUCUAAGCCUGGUUGAUGGCAACAUCAGGGAUGUAACCGGGAACACAAUGAGCUGGUUAGAAUAAAAAAUGUUUUAAUGGAAAAAGAAAGAGGGGGUGUUAUCUCCAAAAAAAACCCCAACAACAACAAAAAAAACAAAAACGGCUGAAAUUCUGGAAACAAACAUCCAUCUUUGAUUGUUGUGGGAUGAUGAAGGAAAUGUCACUUACUGUAGUUCAAAUACAGAAUGCCUGAGGAUGUCCUUUUUCCUUCCCUGGUUGUGUCUGUCUCAUACAUCCUGUCCUGUGCACCGGUUUGUACGUCCUUGGUGUGUGUGUGUGUGUGUGUGUGUCUGUGUGCGUGCAUAUGCGUGUGUCAGCGUUUAAUCAUUUUUCUCUGUCUUGUCCGGUGUUUGUGUGUGUUCUCACAUGUCAGAGCCAUUUACAAGUGCCUGAACGCAUCCUCUUUAUCUCCUUGUGUAUUUAAAUCGAAAAAUUAAAGAAACGACUCCCUGUAUUGAAUUAGACCCAUUUUUUACGCUUAGUAUUUUUACCUCUGUAAAAAAAGAGCAAAAAUUAUAUUAUAUAUAUCAAGUGUAUGUUGUACAUUUUUAUUUCUAUUUUGUUUUUUUAAAAUAACUGUUUCUAACAUGUACGAUGGAUGUAGCUCUUGCUUUUCGAGAAGGAACAGGAAGUACUUUGUAGAUACUGAAGGGUGGCCAGGUCUGUGAGAAAACUAAAGUGAAAUGUGUGUCUUACUUUCCGCCUCCAAUAAAAUGAGAGAAAACAG